CGCCGUCGAUGAAGAGCGGACUGCUGUCUGAUCUUCUCCAGACACGGAUAUAGCAGCUGUAUUUAUUACUAAAGAUGUGGAAGUCAGUGGUGGGCCACAAUGUCAACGUGAAGGUAGCUGCAGAGGGGGACGACUGGGAGACGGACCCUGACUUUGAGAAUGAUGUGACGGAGCAGGAGCAGAGGUGGGGGGCCAAGACCAUUGAGGGCUCAGGGCGUAAAGAGCACAUCAGUGUUGCAGAGCUCAGGCAGACGGUCUCUGCUGAACAUGAGCAGGUGAAGACCAAGGAACAGGCCCAGGCUCCCAAAGCCUCCUACGGCUAUGGAGGGAAGUUUGGAGUGGAGAAGGACCGCAUGGACAAGGUGGCCAAGGGGCAUGACUAUGUGGCUCAGGUCGAACAGCAUUCUUCCCAGACAGACGCUGCAAAAGGCUUUGGUGGGAAAUUUGGUGUUCAGAAAGACCGCGUUGAUAAGUCUGCCAUGGGUUUUGAAUACAAGGGGGAUAUGGCACAGCAUACAUCUCAGAAAGAUUACUCAAAGGGAUUUGGAGGGAAGUACGGGGUGGAGAAAGACAAGGUGGACAAGGCUGCCUUGGGCUACGAAUACAAAGGAGAGACGGAGAAGCACCAGUCACAGAAAGAUUACUCAAAGGGAUUUGGAGGGAAGUACGGGGUGGAGAAAGACAAGGUGGACAAGGCCGCCUUGGGCUACGAAUACAAAGGAGAGACGGAGAAGCACCAGUCACAGAAAGAUUACUCAAAGGGAUUUGGGGGCAGGUAUGGUGUCGAGAAGGACAAAGUAGAUAAAGCUGCGUUGGGCUAUGAUUAUAGGGGCGAGACGGAGAAACACGAGUCACAAAAAGAUUAUUCAAAAGGUUUUGGGGGUCGUUAUGGCGUACAGGAAGACCGCAUGGAUAAGAGUGCAGCUGCCUUCACAGACAUGGACUCCCCUACCUCUGCUUAUGAGAAGACACAGCCACUGGAGGCUUCAAGCGCAGGUGCAGGCAAGCUGAAGGCACGGUUUGAGAGCAUGGCCAAGGCUUCAGACGAAGACAACAGGAAGAGAGCAGAAGAGGAGAAAGCAAGGAGGCAAGCCCGAGAGAAGAGAGAGCAGGAGGAGGCCAGACGCAGACAGCAGGAGGAGAGCAACAGAGAAGAAAGGUCUUGUCCCCCACCUGUUCCAGAUGCGGCUCCAGAGUUCAACACGCCUCCGCCAGAAAUCCAUCGGCCUUUACCUAAAAUACCACAAGAAGUGCCUGAACCAGAGGCAAAGGAGGAACCAGACUACGAGGAGCCACCAUGCUUACCCCCACGCUCAGAAGACUUCCUGGAGCUGGAGCCAGACGAAGACCAGCCACCCCCGCUGCCAGGGAGAGCGCCCGAGGAGGAGGAGGAAGAUGAGGGAGAGUACGAAGACAUCGAUGCACCACCUCCUGAAUCAGCUGUGGAAAACGACUAUGAAGACCUGUCUAGUGGCCAGAUGGCAGUAGCAAUUUAUGACUACCAGGGAGAGGCAGACGACGAGAUCUCCUUCGACCCAGAUGAUGUCAUCACCAACAUAGAGAUGGUGGAUGAAGGCUGGUGGAGGGGGCAGUGUCAUGGCCGCGUCGGUCUGUUCCCAGCUGCCUUUGUCAAGAUGUUGUAAUGAGUUUCAUUGCCAGGUUGUUCUUGUGAUGGUACAACAGCCGAGAGACUUCUUUUGAUCCGGGAACUCUUUUCACAAAACUCAUUUAUACAAUAUCAAGUCUCAUACACUGAGCCUGUCUGCAGGAGGAACAGCAUAGUAUUGGAAAAUAAAAAACACCUAUUUAUGCCAAAUAGUUUUUGAUCAUAAUUCAAAUACUUUUUGCACCAUGUCAUAUUUGCUUUAGGGUAUGCAUCCAUGGCAAUGAAAAUCUCAAAACAAAAUGCUGAUCUAUGAAUAUACUUUUGUGCAAUCACCAUCAGUAAAUCCAUAUUGAUAGCAAGGGCUUGCACU